AUAUAUGAUUAGACACAUGGGGAAUGUUCCACUGUAAAACUGAUAUAUGAUUAGACACAUGGGGAAUGUUCCACUGUAAAACUGAUAUAUGAUUAGAUACAUGGGGAAUGUUCCACUGUAAAACUGAUAUGUGAUUAGACACAUGGGGAAUGUUCCACUGUAAAACUGAUAUAUGAUUAGAUACAUGGGGAAUGUUCCACUGUAAAACUGAUAUGUGAUUAGACACAUGGGGAAUGUUCCACUGUAAAACUGAUAUAUGAUUAGAUACAUGGGGAAUGUUCCACUGUAAAACUGAUAUAUGAUUAGACACAUGGGGAAUGUUCCACUGUAAAACUGAUAUAUGAUUAGACACAUGGGGAAUGUUCCACUGUAAAACUGAUAGAUGAUUAGACACAUGGGGAAUGUUCCACUGUAAAACUGAUAUAUGAUUAGACACAUGGGGAAUGUUCCACUGUAAAACUGAUAUGUGAUUAGACACAUGGGGAAUGAUCUUGAGGUCAAUAAUCAAGAAAGAGAGGAGGCAAACAUUUAUUUAUUUACAAUAUUCAUUGUUAAUAAAAAAAUCAUUAUUUAUGGAUUCAAGCAAAAUGCCCUAGUUAUGUAGAUACACUAACCAAGCAUUAACAGAUUGAGUAACAGUUUUCUAAGUCAUUUCUAAUCUGAGUUACUGUGUUGUUACUUUGUUCCUCGUGUUACUUUGUUCCCCAGUCUCCCCUAUUGCGUUUCUGAAUAUUAUAAUAUUUUCUCUGGAUUUGAUAACUAAAUGUGACUUCUUGUCUAGAGACAAAUGUGUCAUUGUUUUAUCAAAGUAAGGAAGUUAAAUAACAACCUUGUGUUUCCGCACCCUUUUGUCAGAGAAAGGGGGGCUAGCUAAUGUAAGAACUGCUGGAUAAGAACUGUUAAUUCUAGAACGAGGAAGACAACACAUCAAGAGAGGUUUCAGUUGCAGAUUCUUCUCAGUUUGACUUGCAUAGCCAGACUUGUGGACAAAAGUAAAGGAAACGUCUUUUUGGGGCUCAUUUGAAGUCAGUUAAUUGAAUUAGGGAGUGAAGAGAGAGACAUGGAGGCUGUUUUUGGAUUGUUGGUGAUGAUCGCAGGAGUGUCUCAUGGCAUGUUGACCUCCUCCUGUGAUGCUAGAGAGGAUGGAUGUCAGUGUUAUGGAGCUCUGGGAGGAACUGUCUAUCUCCAGCUGACUGAUACCACAGUAUCUGAACUCACAUUUAAAAAAGAUCCCACUGGUGUAACUACAGAGAUACUCCGAAUGAGAAGAAACAAAAUGAUCAUCGCUGACUCCAUUAAAGCUAGAUCAGAGUUCUUCAUGAACAACAAGACAUUUAGGAUGGAUAACACAGAAAGGACGGAUUCUGAUGAAUACCUCUUAGAAACAUUUCAUUCUAAUGGAAGUUCAUUGGCCACCAGAAGACUACACCUGUUCAUUGAAGGACCUGGGUUCAAUGUGUUUGUUUAUUUCCAAUUUGCUGAAGUCUUCAUUCUGCUGGCAAUCUGUCUGGGAUCAUACUGUUUCUACAAGAAGAAGACUUGUCCUCAAGAGCAAGAUGAUGGUCAGUAAGCAGAGGAAUAUGAAGUCUCUCAGGUGGAUCACGGUGGGACUCAGAGGAGGGUGUUGAUAUCCUAAGAGUUGCUAUGGGGAUCAACCAGGCUUUAAGAUUACCUUAUAUGAAAUAAUGACUAAUGGUGAUAUAAAACUGCUUAUCACUCUUUUAAUCUUGAAACUCAAAGCACAGUAAUGUAUUAAAACCAAAGAAAUACCAUUCUAUUCUUUUGACAUUUAUUUUCUUAUUUUCAUUAUUUUCCUUCAGACCUGCCCUUAACACAAUGAAUAGUGAAUGAUCUAUGUGAUGGUGUUCAUUUAAUCGAUUUUAACUCUUGAAUUGAAGUGUUUUAGUGCUGUUUCUUUUGUUCAUACUGUUACAUAAACGAAUGAAAAAUUUGUGUUUUUAAAAAUAUACAUUUUUUAAUAUUCUAAUAUUACCUUCUUAAGCACAAACAAAUAAUUAUUUUACCAAUAGCAUACAUCACAUGUAUGUAUUAGACUGUUAGAAUGUUGACAUCUGAAAGACUCAUCAUUGGCUUGAAGGGGGUCCCUCUAGGCUUUUCUAGUGUUAAGUAUAAUUUAAAAUGUAAUAGGAGUGCAUAUUACAGUGUAUUAAUUGCAUUAAAGGGUUUAUUUUUUUGAUGCUUGUGGUAUACAGUAACAGAAAUGUUCCAGAGUUGAAAGGCUUUUUAAUUGGGGAACUGUAAGAUAUGCUUUCAUUGUUAUUGUAACUUUAUCAUGUUUGAUGUAAUGGUGUGAUUUUAAUGCAUAAAAAUAAAAGCAAAAAAACUUUU